CUGUGGACAGGGGCAAAACUGCCAAAUUCAUAUUCUGGUCAGCCAGCUGAGCUUGUCUGUCUGUUACCAUGCUGUGUGUCUGCUCUCUCUGUUCACUCAUGUACCUUACACGUUCUAAGUUCUUUGAAAUGAAAGCUUAAUGCUGUUCUGGGUAGCUGUUACUAAAGAUUCAUUAGCUGAUGGAACUGUAGGGCUUUUGCAGUAAUUCAUGCAGUAAGGGGACUUGUACAGCCAGUCCUCAUUUUGGUAAAAUCUUCCCAGGUUCAUUUUGUAUAUUUUCUUCCUUUUUUUCUCUUCCCUCUGUCUUUUCGGAGAGGCCAUUUCCUUUUUUAUGUUAGUGAGAACACUGCUUCUUUUAGGUUUCCAAACACAUAAUUCCAGGAAAAUUCAUUUUUUCAGUUAAGAUGCUUAUGAUUUUUACUGUUUAAAACCAGGAAGGUAGCUAGCUUUUAAAUCCUACAGUGAUAGGUUAAUUGGUUGUAAUGCGCAUUGCAUCGUUUUUUGUUUUAAAAAGCACAUUGCAUAGCUUGAUUUUGUUUUGUAACAAAGCAAAGAAUAAGCUUGAGAAUAAAUACUGUCGAUUAUUAUUGUUAGUAAACACUGCACAGGCACCUCACUGAUUGAUUUAAGGAAAUAGCCAAACAUGUGGACAUUGCUGUCCUCUGUCCUGGCAUACAGAAGCAUGGCAAGACUGGUACACAGCUUGCCUUCCUGUAGCCAGUGUUUAAGAAAUUCAGGGUCUACAGAGAAUAAGUUUUCCUGAAUUUGAGACAUGAGGGUCACUCUUCUCAAUGCUUGUUUAAUUUGAAAAUUGGUUUCCUAGUCAUCUUUGGGAAGCAAAAACCCACAAUCCCCCUUUUUCAGCCUCUGCUUUCAGCUGCUGCCAGCAGCCACCCCCUUGCCUCCCGCUCGCUCUUGCCCGUCUUAUAGAGACUCAGAGAGUAAAUGUAGAGUUAAUUGGUUUAAGUAGUGCUUUGAGCUUCUUCUAAAAGAUAAGAAGAAGAAACAAGAGUUAGACUUGCUGGAGUUGAACUACUCUUGGGUAUGGGUAGGAAAAACUCCUAGGUCGAAAUAAAUGACACACAAUGAAGUAUAAAUAGCUGUUGCUAGGAACCAAACAAUGGAGUUGCCUCUGCUUGUGCACAGCAUGUCUUACUGCCGGUUUUUAUAAAAAUCGAUACCAGUGGAAUUUUUAGGAUGCAUUUCUGGAGACUCAUUGAAGGGAACUUAAAUUUCUUAAAUCAUUAAUUUUUUAAAAGUUUGAGAAUUAUCUAUCAUUUAAGUCAAGUUCAAGUGUCAAGCUCCUAAUAAUACCAUAAAUUUAAAACAUUUUUGCGUACUUGAGAAACUAGGAAAGUAGAGGAAAACAGAAUAGGAGAAAUAAAAAGAUGUCACAACAGCAAUGGGAUUAAGGCACAUAGAAAGCAAGGAUUAAAAAUAUAAAAACAGAGGAAGAGAAUCAUCAACAGGAACCACAAAAUAGAGUUGUGAUGGUUACAUAAAGUACAGAUUCUUUUCCUAACAAUUCUGACUAUGCUUUCGAUUUAUACAGGUGUAAUAGUAUAAUGACAAAACAGCAUAGACCCUGGAGUGAGAAAUACUUGAGUUCAAAUCCUACAUGCACCAUUUACCAGGUCUGUGAUCCUGGACAAGCUUACUCCUCUGAGCCUUAACUUCCUCAUUUGUACAAUGAGGAGAAACAAUACCUACUUCAUAGUGAUUUUAUUAAGAUGCCUUGUUAAUGCCAGUUUCUCAUCUCUCUUCUUGCUUUUUUCGUAUUUCUUUUUCCUUCUGUUUAAAUUUAAAUUUUAAAAUCCCGCAUAUAUUUACAAAAUAGAAGUGUUAUAUAUCUUAUUGUUUUGUUAAAUUUGUUGAUAUAAAGAGGUAGAGGAGAGAAACUUUAUAUUUAAAACACUCCACAGAAAUAAUUGGAUGAUAAAAUUAAUGUCUCACUGUAGUUGCACUGAACUGGGUUUUGCUUUAUAUCUCAACAGACUAAAUAUUUCUACUCAUUUAAUAGAUUCUACUCAUCUAAUAGGUAGGGUUGAGGCUAAAAUAAUGUAUGUAGACAUUAAGGACAAUUUGCUGCUUCAAAGUUAGUGACAUUGAAAGGAUUAGAUCUGGAUUUAAUUAGAAUGGAAUAAAUAAAAAUUAUAGAAAGGCACUUUUAAAAUUUGGAGUCAUAUAAAAAUAACUUGGUUCUCUUUGCAAAAUUGAACUCCCAAAAUUCAGUAUGUCACUGAUCCUGCCUGCAGAUGAACAACAGUGUUCAGCUCAUCAGAUUUGUAGAAUUUAACUUUGGGACAAGCUCCUGGUUACUUUAUCUGCUUUUAAAUAUUGGGUCCUGCAUCGUUUACAUUAAUCCAUGGAAGUUAAUUGAGAUGGCAGCAGUUGUUCAAAUACUUUUGGUUAAUGUUUUACUCUAAAAUACCCUGGAGUCUAAUUAGAUUUGUGCUGUUUUGUCAAAAGAGACAAAUAUAUAAAUGACUAUUAAUAAUCCCUAAUAGUUUAUACUUCAUGUUUUAAAGGACACUUGUUAAAAAUAUUUAUCAUAUUUUAUAUCAACAGUGGUUUUCUACUCAUUUUUGGAAAACUUGUUUUUGGGUUGUUUGAAAAAGCAACCUUUAGAAUUUUUUUAAAUGUCUGAAUUAUAAGUUUCUGGGUAAUGAAGGAGGGAUAAAUUUGGGUUCAUUUAACUUUUUAAUCACAUAGACACAAGCUUGGGCUCUAUAUGUCUGAUAUGUGUCCACUCUCAGGGCUUGGAAGGCUACUCUGCUUCUCAAAUAGUUGCUUGCUUGCUUCCUUAUAUUGGGAUGUUUUAGAAUCUUGUAAUUGUUUACAGUGCUAGUUGGCUGAAAUUAUUAUGAGGGGAAAACAGCCUUUAUUAGCAAACGCUGUAGGAUUCAAGAAUUGAUGGGAUGCCUUAACAAGAAAAUUUAGCAAUACCUUUUGAAAAUUUAAAAGAGGAAAAAGUUCUAACUGCUGACCACCUGUGAACAGUUGUCAUCACAGUGCAGAGAAUUGUGUGGAUAAUAAAGCAUAUCAUCUCACAGCUUUGUUGAUGCUUAUAUAAGCUUUUUGAUAGAUACCAGCCAGUAUAUGUGGUUGGAGAAUUUAAUUAUUUUCUUCUCUAGGAGAGAACAGCAAUAAAUGUCAUGAAUUCCCCUGAACAAAUUCAAAAUAGAAAAUUCUCCUUAGACUAGUUUCUUUUGUCAAAGCAGCAAUAGGAAAUCUCAACUUUUAACUUGUCUACAAACGGCUUCAAACAUUCUCUGAUUACACUCAACAUACAUGAGCUUUCAAUUUCUGGAUCUACAGCUAAGAAGAGUAUUACAAACCACUCUGACAUGACAACUGAAGAGUUGAUAAUUAUGAAUUUUCAGGAAAAAUCAAAUAAAUUGAGAUGAUUUAAUUCAGAUAAGUGUUUUAAUGUGGGUCAUUAUUGAGAUAAAUGAAUCAUAAUUCUAAUGCUACUAGCUAGUUAUGUUCCAUAUUUAUCACAGGCAAAUGGUAGCAAAUGGAUUUUAAGAGGAAAAAAUGAUAUUUGAUAUAAAGGACUCUCUAAUGGUGAAAAAUAAGAUACUACAGAAAGAAAACCAAGUUGUGUGUUAAUUACUUUGACUAAAACUGCCCUAACAGACAACCCUCAAUCGCAGUGUUUUAACCAUUCAAAGUGCAUUUCUUGCUCAAAACGCAGUCCAGUGUGGGCAGGACAACUAUCCCAGGCAGCUGUCCUCCAAGAAGUGACCUGGGGACCUGGGCUCCUGUCAUUGUGUGGCUCAACCAGGAGUGUCAAGGGAGUGGGGAGGAGUUACAGACUUGGGGGGCCACAUUUCCAGUUCUGCCACAGACUGGCUAAUAGCCGAGAUGAAGUACAUGAAAGCUUAUGGUAGAUGGCCCAGCCAGCAAUGCAGUAAAUUAACAUACUGUACUGGGAUGUGUCUGUAGUAGCUUUGAGAAGAAAAUGAACAUUUGUCUGAAAUAUUAUGAAUAAUCCAACCUGGAAAUACAUCGAGAUUAAAUAAAUCACUUUACCAAAGCACCAGAGCUUUUUUAAAUGAUGGAAGUUAUGCAUACUCUACCUGUACUGUCCACUACCCACAUAUGGCUGCUUAAAUUUAAAAUAAUUAAAAUGAAAUAAAUUGUUUUAAAAAUUCAGUUCCUCAGUCACAUUAGCCACAUUUCAACUACUCAGCAGCCACAUGUGGCUAGUGGCUGCUGCAAUGAAUGUUUCCAUUUCUGCCCUCACAGAAAGCUCUGGACAACGCUACUCAGUGCUUUGCUCCUCUCGCUCCUGCCUUGCAGGCCCUGUCUCUUACAACCCAAUUCCUGUGCCAUUUUUUAAAGAAAGGCACUUGAUCCCAUCAGCUAAUGAUAAUUUCUUCUCUCCUGUAUAUUCCCAGUAACUGUAUCUGUACCGUUCUAUGGCAUUUCACCUUAUGCUAGUGUAAUAUAGAGCUGCACUGUCUUUGCUAUUAGCCCCAUAAUAUUUCUUGGAGAAAGAAUUGUUGUCAGGCCUGUUUGUCCCCCUCAUCCCCCAAUAUCCUGCAUCUCAUAGACACAUUAUUAUUAUGCAUAAGUAUUUAAAGAGUAUUAAUGCCCUUCUCUGCCUUCUUAAACAGAAUAUAAUAAUUGGAAUUAUCACCUUCAGAUAUAAUUUAUAAUUCCAUUAUAAAUUAAUGGCUUACCCCAAAUGUAAUGCCAUGGUGCCCCGAAGGCACUGUUAAGGUAUGUAAGAUUGUUGUCCAUGCACAGAAUGAUUGCUGGGUCAUUACUAGAUUACUCAAAUUGUUAUUUAUUGUUUGAUUUUUAUCAUCUGCCACUUCAGGCUGCUCUUCCUUUUCUGAUUGCUGCUUCUAAUCUUUAAAAAUAAAAUAGACAAUUAAAAUAAAUGGUUAAAACGUAUAGAAGGUAUUACAAAGCACAUGAAUUUUGCAACGUCUAUUUUGAUUUCUUUUGGAAUGUCUUCUUUGUUUUCUGCCGACAUUCUACUAAUUAAAAGUGUUGUACAAGUGAGCUGCCACUAAAUUAAUGUUUUUUAAAGGAGUGGGGCACAGUGGCUCACACCUAUAAUCCCAGCACUUUUGGGAGUCUGAGGCAGGAGGAUCACUUGAGCCCAGGAGUUUAAGACCAGCCUAGGCAACAUAGCAAGACUCCGUCUCUACAAAAAAAAAAAAAUAAUAAGCCAGGUGUGCUGGCUUAUGCCUGUAGGCUUACCUACUUAGGAAGCUGAGAUGCAGGGAUCCCUUGAACCCAGGAGUUUGAGGCUGCAGUAAGCUGUGAUCAUGCCACUGCACUCCAGCCUGGGUGACAGAACAAGACCCCUGUAUCAAAAAGUAAAUUUGAAAAGAUAUGAGAUAUGGUUCUUAUACAAUAGGAAUGAAAAAGUAAAAGAUAUCUCUUCACAGACAUUAUUCAGUAUUUUUAAAAGGUGCAUACUACUAUUGAGAUGAAGUUAUAUAAUUUUUUAUUAGAAAUAAUUAUAUUUAGCAGAAGUUUGAGUGCUUUCACAUAGCACAAUGCCAGUUAUGUUAAACUUCUGUAAGCCCCUACAUUCAGGGAGCUGAUAGCCUAAAGAAUGAGAAACUAAAUGGUAGUAGAAGUUAAAACACACCCACAUACACGAGAUAACAGAAAAAAAGCUAUAUAUGCUUUGGUCCAAGUAAGCAAGCAUUACAGACUGGGGGCUGGGCCUCUCUUGUGCUGCAGACCUGUGCUGCCAUCUGCCUCCCUGAUGUUUCCAGUGGGCCUUUUAUUCCUUGCCACCAAACAUUCUUCCAGGGUUCCUCAUCUCAAUAAACAGCACCCCUGUCCACCCAGUGGCUCCUGCCAGGAACCUAGUUGGGAGCAAUUCUUGACACCUUCCUUGACCUCCUCAGAACCUGUCACCAAGUCCUGCCGCCAAAGCUGCCAAUUCUACCUCAGAAAUAUUUCAUCUGUCCACAGCACUGUAUCAUCACGGCCAACAGCCCUGUCCAGGUCCCCUUUACUCAGAUCACAUAUUUACGGGCAUCUUUACUCCAGCAGAAAGAGCGCAGCCUUGCUGGUUUUCCCUCCCCCUACACACAUUCUGGCCCCUUUCAUUCCUUCACCCUCCACUGAUGUCAGGAGUGAUCAUUGUAUUGCGUCACUGCACUCCAACCUGGGCAAGAGUGAGACCCUGUCUCAAAAAAAAAAAAAGAAUAAUCAUCUUAAAAUGUAAUCCUAUUCCGUUGUGUCACUGGCUCACACCUUGUAAUUGAUUUCCAUUGUACUUGGGAUAAAAUCAAAAAUCUGUGGGGUAAAAAGCCUUGCGUAUGUUUCCAGAAGCCGCUGGACUUGCUCUCCCUCAUCUCUCUUCUCUCUAGAAUGCCUCCCCUCCCCAGCCCCUGGCCUGAGCACCUGCAGCUCACCCUUUCAGUUUCACUUCGGAUGUCGCCUUCUCACACAGGCCCUUCAGUACCACUGCUCCCUCCUCAAACUGACUUAGAUCCUUUUAGUCUUUGUAUGUAUCAUUACUAUUAUUUUAUUCAAUAUCCCUCUCCCCCUCUAGACUGUGAGAUCUAUGAGGAUGGCGCUAAGUCUAUUUUGUUCACCACUGUGCUUGCACCUGCGGGCCUGUGACAUCUGCUACUCACUUGGUAAAUAUUAUUUCACAGGAGGAUGUUUAUUUCCUGGGAUAGAAUAACCAGGAAAGUGUUCGUGGGGCUGCUCUGGUUAUCCUGAUUCCAUCACCUAAAGGAAAAAGGCACAUCAAAAUUACCAUUUAAACCAUUUUAAGGCCUACAUUCAGCAUCAGGGUAGGCCUUGAUUAGUAUUUCAUCAUAUCAGUCUCACCUUAUUAAGGUGAUAUAGUCCCUGCUUACAGUGGUUCAACUUAGGAUUUUUGACUUUAUGAUGGGUUUAUCAGAGUAUUAAAUGCAUUUUGACUUACAGUUUUCGACUUAAACCCAUCCUAAGUGAAGGAGCAUCUGUACUAUCAUAACACCACUCUAAUUUAUUAAAAGCUUUCAGGAAAAAAUAUAGAUAUGUUUGAAACAUUGGGUUUUCCAUUGUUUCCUAAAGAUAGCUUUAUCAGGGUUUUUUAGCAGGCAUCAGAAUGGCAAAGAAGAUCUUAACAUUUCUUUGUGUCUUCCCAGUUGUAUUUGUAUUGCUUAUACUGGAAUAACAAAAUACCGUGGACUACGUGGCUUAAACAACAGAAGUUAGUUUUCUUACAGUUCUGGAGGCUAGGAAGCCUGGUGAGGCCAGUUAAUGGUGGUGGGUCUCUUCCUGGCUUGUAGCCUUCUUGCUGUGCAUGCACAUGGAGAGAAAGAGGGAGGGUGAGCUCUCAGGUGUCUCUUCUCAUGAGGACACUAACCCUGUCAGAUCAGGGUCCCAACCUCGUGACCUCAUUUAACUUUACCUCCGAAAGGCCCUUUUUCCAAAUGCAGUCACACUGGGGGUUAGGGCUUCCAUGUAGGAAUUUGAGAGGGACACAGUUCAGUCUAUAACAGCAGUGAAUUCUUAUUGAUGUAAGAACUUUUUCUAUUGGUAUUUUAAGGUACAAGAUUUCUUAUAAAAUAGAGAUAGUGUGAGCAAAAGCACUGAUGAGGUUAAUUGGUACAGUGGCCAAAACUU